AUGGGGGAAUCCCCUCACUGGCACGCCAUGGAGGUUCUGAGCACGGCCCAGAUCUUGGCGGCGGAGGCCGGCAGCACCCUGGAUCCGGAGGCGCCAAGACUCCUCGCAGCCGCAGCCCGGCGCUGCCCAGGCUGCGCCGGCCCCUUGCAGAGCCUGGUCCCUGCGCUGCUGCUCAGGGCCAAGGACCUGGUGCAGCAGACCUUUUUGGGGGAGGCGCAGGAGAUCCUCCUGCAGGCUGUGUCUUACCUCCACCGCAUGGUGCUCAUGGGACUCGGCGGGGCGGAAGCUCUCGCAUCUGUGACGGGCGAUAUGCUGCAGGAGGUGGCAGCUGCUGACGAGCACUUCAUGCGGAGCUAG